GGGUUAACUCAAAGCAAAAUCGAUGUAAACUAAAACAGCUGCAAAUUAAGUAAAUUAUAUGAACGCCUGCCCUGUGCGCAAAACUCCUUUUCAUUCUCGUUCACUGUCUGUUGACAGCUGUCAUCAAGAGCACAAACUUCAUGGCAUUGUUUAUGUGAAAGCGCGCCUGCGCAUGCACCCAAUAUUUCGAAACGUCAGAGGGACACAACUUGCAGUUUGACGCUUUACGGUUGACAUGCAGAUUGAUGGUAUAUUUUUGAACAUGGAUAUUUGUUGGUGUAGCGCUUCGGUUAUAAAAAAUAUACCCGACUAAUGGCUUUACUGGUCAGCGGGUAGUUUCUCUGUUUUUCAUACAAUGGAUGGAUGCGAGUUGAUUGAUGCCACACGUCUCUUUGGUGGAAAGAUGAUGUCAAAAAAGACCACCCGUAGAAUCAGGGCACUUGCAUCUAUUUUUCUCUGCAUCGCCGCCCUCUUCUUGUCCGUUACUGCGUUACUGACCUCGCACUGGUGUAUAGGUACGCAGAGGGUUCCGAAACCUAGUUGCUCGAAGCAGCGGCAGCACAACUGCAUCGACCACCACGGCGUGAACGAGACCGACUCCACUAAAGUUGUGUACAGCUGGGAGACCGGAGAUGACAGGUUUCUGUUUAGAUAUUUCCACACGGGGAUAUGGUACUCCUGUGAGGAAGACAUCCACGUGGAAGGGGAGGAGAGGUGCCGAAGCUUCAUAGAUCUCGCCCCAGCAUCAUCAAGAGAUGUUCUCUGGUUGUCUGUGAUCUCCGAGGUCCUGUACAUCAGCUUCCUGUUGGUGGGCUUCAGCCUCAUGUGUGCAGAGCUAUUCCACUCGAGCGACGUGAUCGACGGGCUCAAGCUGAACGCCUUCGCCGCUAUUUUCACUGUCCUCUCAGGACUCCUGGGUAUGGUGGCGCACAUGAUGUACACCCAAGUCUUCCAGGUGACCGCCAACCAUGGACCUCGAGAGUGGAGGCCCUACACCUGGGACUACGGCUGGUCCUUCGGAAUGGCUUGGGGUUCGUUCACUUGUUGCAUGGGCGCCUCAGUGACCACCCUCAACUCUUACACAAAGACCGUCAUUGAGUUCCGCAACCGACGCAAGACAUUCGGGCAGGGUCACCGCAAGAAGCAGGCCUUCCUCGACGACCAGGGCAUCAGCGACCUCCGCAACCGGCCUCUGCCUUCGGUGUCCGAGUCCGUGGAUGAGAAGGCGGAGACAGAGUGCAAUGGCGUGGAGACACAUCAACCAUCUCCUCAGCCCAGCCAGAAAUCAGACAUGCAGACACAAACCAUGGAGGAAGACCAGUGCUGAGUAGUACUGAUUAGAAGCAUUGGUGCUUAAAGAAAGGGAGGAUUAAAGAGAGUUGGAGAGAGAGAGAGAGAGAGAGAGAGAGAGAGAGAGAGAGGAACACAAAUCCUGGGAACUGUAUUCGCAAAGAAAAAGAAACACUUCUGAACCAGGAGAGUGUUGUUAGCGUGGAGAUUGUCUCAUUAAGAAAUUGUCCUUUAAGAAAACAAGGGAGUUUUUUUUAUUUAGGAAAUAUGAAUAAGAAGAGGCACACAAAGAGGCACAUUUUUCAAAGAACAGCGCUGUUUUUGGUGUGGUCGCUGAGGAAAAUAAACAGAAUGUUAAUUAACAGUGUUGAUUACAGUUAAUUAACAAGUUGAUUAACAGUGUUGUACCCUUUGAGCCACCUUUUAUCCUCAGUAACUGUGAAUACUGUGAAGGGACUGGACAUUUCUUACAGCUGCUGUAAUGCACAAGCAUGUUGGGUGGUGAUUUAGUGUCACAGGACUUUUACAUUAUACAAACCUGGUCCAGAAAGUGAGCUUGUAUUGUCUGUUGUAUAUCUGUAAUUCUUUACUGCUUCUCAAUCCGACAGAAAACAUUCCGUAUCACAGUGGUGUCAUUGUCCUAGAAUAUACGGUUCAGAUUAUCUUGCAGAUUCAGUGUAGAAUUCAUGGAAAACAUUCUUAUGUAAUACUAGAUCGUUUCAUGUACAUCAUAUACCGCUGCGUUGGAUAUGUGUGGCAACUGAAGAAAGAUACCCUUCAGAAGAAAUGUCAAAAGAGAAGUAAUUGCAAUGCCGUGGUUCUGGUGUAUUUCUCUGAUUAUAACACAACAUCCUCAACAGAUCCAUGAUUAUGGUCAGAAGAGAACACGUAAAGUCAAAAGUAAAACAAUCAAAACAGUUGCAAUUUACUUCUAAUCAUGUUGCUCUGGAUUGUUUUGUAUUGCAUUGUAAAAAGAAAAUUGUAAAAUUGUA